CGGGCUCAGUGCGCGUUGGCGGCGGCGGCGCGGACAGUGGGCGCCGCGCGGUCCAGCUCGGACGCCCCCGCCCCUGGACGGCGCGAGGAGCGCGCGGCCCGAGCCGGAGCCGCCGGACCGGGGCGCGGGGCCGGGGGUCCCGAGCCCCCCCGCAGCCUCCUCCCGCCGGGCCGGACCAUGGGGGGCCGCGGGGCCUGAGGACGCCGCCCCCCGCGUCAUGGGCGCCCCGCGCGCCCUCGCCCUCUGCGUGGCCCUGGCCGUCGCGGCCGGCCGCGUGUCCCCGGGAACCCCGGGCGGAGCGACAGAGGUCCCGGGCCCCGAGCCUGGCCCGCAGGAGCAGCUGGUCUUCGUCAGUGGGGAGAUCCUGGAGCUGAGCUGCCAGCCGGCAGGGGCGCCCGUGGGGCCCACCGUGUGGGCCAAGGACGGCGAGGGGCUGUUGCCGUCCCGGCGAGUCCUGGUGGGGCCACAGCGCCUGCGGGUGCUCAAUGCCUCCCAGGAGGAUGCUGGCACCUACAGCUGCCGCCAGCGGCUGGGCCAGCAUGUCCUGUGCACCUUCAGCGUGCGUGUGACAGAUGCACCUUCCUCGGGAGAUGACGAAGAUGGGGAGGAUGAGGCUGAGGAUGCAGGUGCCCCGUACUGGACCCGGCCUGAGCGCAUGGACAAGAAGCUCUUGGCCGUGCCGGCUGCCAACACCGUUCGUUUCCGCUGCCCGGCCGCAGGGAAUCCCACCCCAUCCAUCUCCUGGCUGAAGAACGGGAAAGAGUUCCGGGGCGAGCAUCGCAUCGGGGGCAUCAAGUUGCGGCACCAGCAGUGGAGUCUGGUCAUGGAGAGUGUGGUGCCCUCUGACCGAGGCAACUACACGUGUGUGGUGGAGAACAAGUUCGGCAGCAUCCAGCAGACGUACACACUGGAUGUGCUCGAGCGCUCCCCGCACCGGCCCAUCCUGCAGGCCGGGCUGCCCGCCAACCAGACGGCGGUGCUGGGCAGCGACGUGGAGUUCCACUGCAAAGUGUACAGCGACGCGCAGCCGCACAUCCAGUGGCUCAAGCACGUGGAGGUGAACGGCAGCCGCGUGGGCCCCGAUGGCACCCCCUACGUCACCGUGCUCAAGUCGUGGAUCAGUGAGAGUGCAGAGGCUGAUGCGCGCCUCCGCCUGGCCAAUGUGUCCCAGCGCGACGGGGGCCAGUACCUCUGUCGGGCCACCAAUUUCAUAGGCGCGGCUGAGAAGGCCUUUUGGCUGCGUGUCCGCGGGCCCCAAGCAGCUGAGGAGGGGCUGGUGGAGGCAGCUGAGGCCGGCAGUGUGUACGCGGGCGUGCUCAGCUAUGGCGUGUCCUUCCUCCUCUUCAUCCUGGUGGUAGUAGCCGUCACGCUGUGUCGCCUGCGCAGCCCCCCGAAGAAGGGCCUGGGCGUGGCCCCUGUGCACAAAGUCUCGCGCUUCCCGCUCAAGCGACAGGUGUCCUUGGAGUCCAGCUCGUCCCUGAGCUCCAACACCCCACUGGUGCGCAUCGCCCGGCUGUCCUCAGGGGAGGGCCCCGCACUGGCCAACGUGUCUGAGCUCGAGCUGCCUGCUGAUCCUAAGUGGGAGCUGUCUCGCGCCCGGCUGACCCUGGGCAAACCCCUGGGAGAGGGCUGCUUCGGCCAGGUGGUCAUGGCGGAAGCUGUCGGCAUCGACAAAGACCGAGCAGCCAAGCCCAUCACGGUGGCUGUGAAGAUGCUGAAAGAUGAUGCCACAGACAAGGACUUGUCAGACCUGGUGUCAGAGAUGGAGAUGAUGAAGAUGAUGGGGAAACACAAGAACAUCAUCAACCUGCUGGGCGCCUGCACGCAGGGUGGGCCCCUGUACGUGCUGGUGGAAUACGCAGCCAAGGGCAACCUGCGGGAGUACCUGCGUGCGAGGCGGCCCCCGGGCAUGGACUACUCCUUCGACACCUGCAGGCUGCCUGAGGAGCAGCUGACCUGCAAGGACCUGGUGUCCUGUGCCUACCAGGUGGCCCGGGGCAUGGAGUACCUGGCCUCGAAGAAGUGCAUCCACCGGGACCUGGCAGCCCGCAACGUGCUGGUGACGGAGGACAACGUGAUGAAGAUUGCGGACUUUGGCUUGGCACGCGACGUGCACAACCUCGACUACUACAAGAAGACCACCAACGGCCGGCUGCCUGUGAAGUGGAUGGCGCCCGAGGCCUUGUUCGACCGUGUCUAUACGCACCAGAGUGAUGUCUGGUCCUUCGGGGUGCUGCUCUGGGAGAUCUUCACUCUGGGGGGGUCGCCGUACCCCGGCAUCCCUGUGGAGGAGCUGUUCAAGCUGCUGAAAGAAGGUCACCGCAUGGACAAGCCGGCCAACUGCACACAUGACCUGUACACAAUCAUGCGGGAGUGCUGGCACGCCGUGCCCUCGCAGAGGCCCACCUUUAAGCAGCUGGUAGAGGACCUGGACCGUAUCCUCACCAUGACGUCCACUGAUGAGUACCUGGACCUGUCGGUGCCUUUCGAGCAGUACUCGCCGGGCGGCCAGGACACCCCCAGUUCCAGCUCUUCGGGGGAUGACUCUGUGUUUGCCCAUGACCUGCUGCCCCCAGCACCCUCCAACAGUGGGGGUCCGAGGACGUGAAGGGCUGCUGGCUUGUAAGAGGACUGCGCUUGCCAGGCUGCUACCGCUGCAGUGAGGCACUGGAGCCGGCCUGGGCCUGAGACAUGGGUGGGCGGGUGGAUAGAUGCACGGACGGAUACCUUAAUAUGUGCGCGUGAGCCUCACAGCCCAGUGCCAGGUCUGGGUCCCGCCCUGCUGUAUCAUGCCCUUGGGGACCGAAUAUAGAAUGUAAAUGGGGGUCUUCUUCCCAGGGACCCCUCCCCCUCAGGCUCCCUUGCUUCCACUGCCAUGCCCCAGGAAGCAUGGUGGUGGCUGGUGCCCAGGGUGCCACCAAGUGCUCUGAACUGAGCCCACAGGCUCAGGUGUGGGGGAGCAUGUGCAGAGCCCUCAGGCCUGCCCUUGGAGACUAAGAUUACGGGUACCUGAGACGGGGCCUCUGCCUCUUCUCCCAAGGCACGCACCAUCCCCGUGGAUGGCGGGCACACCGUGCUCAUCUCUGGAGACUGGGGUGUGGGGGGCCUCAUGCUAGAGAACAGUGUGGGGGGGGCGUGCCUGCCCCCGCAGUUUUGUUUUAGAAAUUGUGCCUGGGCCUAUGUACUUGUAAAGCUAUUUAUGGCCCCAGCCCUCGCCCCCUAGGGGGGUGCUAUUGGGGGACAGGCCCCAGGAAGGACCCCGCAGCCCCUUCAGUCACCUCUGCGAGGAGUAUGUGCGGGUGCGGCGGGGGGGCCAGGCGGGAGCUUUGGGCAAUCCUGACUCAGUGUCCUCCAGCUUCUGGCCAGGCGGCCUCCCACACGCAGGGUCCGAUGUCAUUAAUGUUACAAGUUUAUAUAAUUUAUUGAGUUUUGAUAAGAUAUAUUUGCUGUAGAUUUAACCCUUCUGACGCAAUGCUUCUAGACUUCGGGAGCUGGCCCUGCCACUCUCAGCUUGGGGGUGCCCUGGGUUGGAGGGGCAGUGCCGCAUGGCCUGGGGACUCUGCCGUCAGGCCCAGCCAGGCAGAUGCGCUUCCCAAGAAAUAAAGAUAACUGGUUGCGGCCUCGA